AUGUCGUCUGCUUCUUCCCUGACGCAGAGGAACCCAAUAACUUCGCAGGUGAAUGGCGCCGAGCAAGAGCAAUCGGAGUCUCCUCCACCACAGGAGCAGCUAAGGAGACAACGUUCGAUAUCCCAACAUCCCGCCGUGUCACAGACGCUGACGUCAGCUGCAAACUUGGCCAAUCUCCUUCCGACAGGAACUCUGUUAGCUUUCCAGCUCCUCAUGCCUGUCUUCACAUCAAACGGUUCUUGCGAUUACCCGACCCGAGUUUUAACAGCAAUUCUCCUAACGCUUCUCUCCAUCUCCUGCUUCCUCAGCUCCUUCACCGACAGCGUCAAGGCCGAAGACGGUAACGUUUAUUACGGGUUUGCCACUAAAAAGGGUAUGUGGGUGUUUGACUACCCUGACCCGUCCGGUUUGGGUUUGCCCGAUCUAAGUAAGUACCGGAUGCGGAUCGUCGACUGGAUCCACGCAGUUUUGUCUGUGUUUGUGUUCGGUGCGGUGGCUCUGAGGGACAAGAACGCCGUCACCUGUUUUUAUCCGGCGCCGGAGCAAGGAACCAAGAAGGUUUUGGAUAUUGUUCCGAUGGGUGUUGGGGUUAUUUGCGGUAUGUUGUUCUUGGUUUUCCCGGCGAGAAGACACGGUAUCGGAUAUCCGGUCACCGGAGAUGGAGGUCGUCGUUAG